AUGGCGGACCAAGGCCCCCCGCAGCAAGAAGAGCACCGCGAAGAUGAAGCCAUGCUCGAUCCAGACGAGGCGGAAGAAAUCGUCGAAGAAGGCGAAGAUGCUGCCAUGGACUCCGGCGACGAAGGCGACACCACAGUCGAAGAGAUCCAACUACAAAACGACAGCGCCGCACACUUCGACGUCCACAAAGACAGCAUAUUCUGCAUAGCGCAACACCCCACGCGACCCGAGAUCGUCGUAACAGGAGGCGGAGACGAUAUCGCGUAUAUUUGGGAUACAACACCACCGGAGGGACCUGUGCUACCGGCGAGCUAUGAGGCGGACCCACAACCACGGGAGAGGAAGGGACAAGAGGUGAUUGCGAGGUUGGAAGAGCAGGAUGAGAGUGUCAAUGCGAUUUGCUUUACGCUGCCGAAGGGGGAAUAUGUUGCUACUGCGACGCUUGCUGGGAAGUUGAAUGUCUACACCACACCUACAGAUUCCGCGCCUUCACGAUUGGUGGGUUCGGCGAAGGAGGUCGAGGAGAUCAAUUGGAUGCUGCCUUGCCCGAACGCUGCGUACCCGAACACGAUUGCUUUUGGUGCCAAUGAUGGAUCUGUUUGGGUGUACACUAUCAACGCCUCGGAUCCCUCGACGCCGCUCACCAUUGUUCAGACAUUCUUCCUUCAUCAGGCGGCUUGUACAGCUGGUGCUUGGACUCCGGAUGGCAAGCUUCUUGCGACAGUGGCGGAGGACAGCAGCUUAUACGUGUGGGAUGUCUUUGGCGACGCAGCCGCAGCGGGCGUGACGGAUCCGAAUGGUGGGCAAGCAGUCAUUGGAUUGACAGGCGAGGACGAGAGGUUCAGAGUCGACGGAGGUCUAUACAGCGCUGCAGUCUCACCCGGCGGCGGCAUCGUUGCCGUGGGAGGUGCAGAAGGCCACAUCCGCGUCGUCGGACUCCCACGUCUCUCAGUACCCGCAAACAGCACAGCAGGCGCCAAAGGCGCAGGAGCGAAGUCAAAAGCCGGUGGUGCAAAGCAGGCCGGCGGUCCCAAACCGACAAACUCUUCAGCACCAGCAUCAGCCGGCCAAGCAAGCCAGAUCCUCGCCAGUCUCCAAGCCCAAAGCGACGGUGUCGAGACUCUAGACUUCUCCCAACCGCCCCUCACACUCCUCGCCGCAGGAUCUGUGGAUGGCUCAAUAGCCCUCUUCGAUGCAGCACAUAACUUUGCCGUACGGCGGCAUAUCCGAGAAGCUCACGAGGAGGAAGCGGUGAUCAAGGUCGAGUUCGUCAAGACUCCACUUGGGACUGCGAAUGAGCGAGCACACACGCUCACGUCGUGUGGGAAUGAUGGUGUUGUAAGGAGGUGGGAUGUCAGAGGCGGUACUGCUGCAGCUGCACAGGGUCUGCUUGGUGAGUGGAGAGGGCAUAGGGGUGGUGGCGAGGGAGGCGGAAUUCUUGGGUUUGUGCAGGGUGGUGGGGGGAAGAGGGUUGUAACGGCGGGAGAUGAUGGGGUGUCGUUGGUGUUUGAGACUGUUUGA